CGGAAGGAAGAACCAACCGUCCCCGCCAUUAAAGCGCUUCAGCCUCGCGUCGUGAGUGGCUCGUUGAUCUGCAGUUCAGAAGCUGCUGAUUGUCUCUAUAGAACCACCGCUGGUAAACUACCUGAAGAAUGGCGUACAGAGGACAAGGACAGAAGGUCCAGAAGGUGAUGGUGCAGCCCAUCAACCUAAUUUUCAGGUAUCUGCAAAAUCGCUCACGGAUCCAGGUCUGGUUGUAUGAACAGGUGAACAUGCGGAUAGAGGGCUGCAUUAUUGGUUUUGAUGAGUACAUGAACCUGGUUCUAGAUGACGCUGAGGAGGUCCACAUGAAGACUAAGAACAGAAAGCCGCUGGGGAGGAUCAUGUUGAAAGGAGACAACAUUACCUUGCUGCAGAGUGUUACCAGCUAAUACAAUGGAGACGGCUACGAAUCCUACCUUUCCUACAAAGAAAUGUUUUGUUUUUGCAAAUGGUCGAGUAUGUUUGUGUUUAUACAACAUGAAUAGUGUAAUUGUUUCUUUCUAACACGUGGUUUUGAAAAUAAAUUUUGUUUUCUUACA